CUCGAAUAGUCAAGCAGUCAAGCUCAAGUACUUGUCGAUUAACUGCUGACCAGGUCUACGCUAUCGGCUUACCAUGAAGGUCUUCUCGCUCUCCGUCGUCCUCACGCCGCCCGGCAAGCCGUGCACGAUCCUGAGCAGCGCAUCAGACCUUUCGUCAUUCUCGUUCUACCAGCGCCCGUCCGUGGGCGAGUUCAUGUCCUUCUUCUCCAGGACGAUCUCCGAGCGCACGCCGCAGGGCCAGCGGCAGAGCGUGCAGGAGAACAACUACACCGCGCAUGUGUACAACCGCGGCGGCGCGGAGCAGCUUGCUGGCGUGAUCAUCACCGACCAGGAGUACCCCGUGCGCCCGGCGUUCUCGCUGCUCACGAAGCUGCUCGACGACUUCAUCGCGAAGGUGCCCGUCGCGUCCUACGCGACGCCCGCGGCGAUCGCGUUCCCCGAGAUCAACACGUACAUCCAGAAGUACCAGGACCCGCGGCAGGCGGACGCGAUCAUGAAGGUGCAGCAGGAGCUCGACGAGACCAAGAUCAUUCUGCACAAGACGAUCGAGUCCGUACUACAGCGGGGCGAGAAGAUCAACGACCUGGUCGACCGCUCGAACGCGCUCUCGGCGCAGAGCAAGAUGUUCUACAAGACGGCCAAGAAGCAAAACUCGUGCUGUGUGAUCAUGUAAGGGCGCUGGUGCCACUGCUGCAGGCCGGCGGCGAUGGGCGUGGAACGCGAGGCGCCCCACCGUGCGGGCGCGUUGUUGCGACGCUGAUCCCGCCAUGUGCGUGAUGGCCUGUCAGAGCAGCUCCCUGUUAGAUACCCCGCCUGCGCCGUGGAGCGCGGGGCGAUGGCUGCGCUAACGCGACUGGGGCGGCCAGGUGAUGCGUAGCAUACGGACGCUCGGUGGAUUGUACGAAUAGCUUUACUGCGCGCGUGUUUGGAUCUUGCAAUAUACAUAGUACUAC